AUGGACGACACGCACGGGACCCAUCGCCUUGGAGAGGAGCCGCCUAAGCCGGACGCCACUGAGUCUGAUCCGUUACUUGCACAGCAAGACGAGAGCCCUGCCACCCCACGAGCAGAGCAGCAAGUGCCAAAACAGCUCACUACUCGCCACGCAUUUGCCGUCCUCGUCACCCUUCAAAUAGGUUCGGGCAUUUUCGCGUCGCCGGCCCAGGUCGACAGCAACGUACCUUCGCCUGGUGCUGCCCUCCUCGUCUGGGUUCUUGGUGGGCUGUUAUCAUGGGCAGGAGCUGCAUCCUUUGCAGAAUUAGGGGCUGCACUGCCACUGAAUGGCGGAAUGCAGGAAUAUCUGCGACACGUCUAUGGCGAUACCGCCGCAUUCCUUAUGGCCUGGGUCUACAUUCUCGGCGUUAAGCCCUCGUCCAUGGCCAUCCAAAGCAUCGUCAUCGCCGAGUCUGUCGGCUCAGUUGUAACAGACUCGGGAAACUUGCCACCCGCCAGUAUACUCAAGCUUAUUGCUACCGUUGUAUUUUUGGCAAUGGUGUUGCUCAACUCAAUCAACACCAAAUUCACCCUGAGGUUGAGUGAAUCAUUUACCGUAUUCAAAUUAUCUACGGUCAGUUUGGUCGUUCUGGGUGGAGUGAUUGCUGUGAUUGCCCACAUGGUGAACCCGGCAUCUCAUCUCGCUGGAUCCAGCGACUGGUAUUCCAAGAACUGGUUCAGCUCAAGGCCGACCAUCUCUGACGGCCAAACUCUCGAUUGGGUAUCCAUGGGCACUUGGGAUCGCUAUGGACAUUAUUGCGCGGCUAUUUAUGGUGGACUAUGGGCUUACGAUGGGUGGGACAAUGCCAAUAUGGUGGCGAGCGAGAUUCGCGAUCCUGGACAUGCCCUUCCAAAAGCCAUCAAGGCUGCUAUGGUUGUAGUCCUCGCGUCUUUUGAACUGGUCAACAUUGCCUACUACAUCCUUGUGCCGUGGGACAAGGUGAGCAGCAACAACGCCGUCGCUGUUGCUGCUGGCACUGCUCUGUUCGGAAGACCUGCCGGCAUUGUCAUCACCAUUCUUGUCGCUGUUUCCUGCGCCGGCUCAAUCACCAGCAAUGUGUUUUCAGUGGGAAGAUUGACUAUUGCUGCGUCGCAGCGGCAUUACCUUCCGGCAUUCUUCAGUCAAAGGGGCAUGCCACUAAGGCAAAGAGCCGACCCUGAUGGCACCUGGUCUUCCAGGUUGGAUGCUCCAGUCUAUGCCAAUGUUCUGGCCCUGGUAGUCACUUUGAUCUACAUACUAACAGGCAGUUUCCGGGCGUUGCUGACAUUUGUUGGCAUGGCUGAGUGGGUCUUCUAUGUUAGUACCGUCGUAGGGCUGCUCAUCCUGCGUCGCCGAGAUCCGCAGCUUGAGCGGCCCUAUCGUCCCGCCAUAGUUCUGCCAAUCACUUUUGUCAUCGUCGGGACCUUGGUGAUUAUACGAUCUGCUAUGUUCGCUCCGGCGCAGAGUGGAGUAUUAGCGGGUCUACUGGUAGCCGGCGCCGUGGUCAGCAGGUUACGGAGCCGCCGGACCUCAUGAUGCUUCAUGAAUGGGGGUUAAACUCUCAUCUGCAGCACAGCCGCAAGCUCUUGCCACCACUUUUGAUGGUCUUGAGU